UAUGAGCCCAGCGCUCUGCGAACUGAAUAACGAGGUUGUGAGCUAAAUUAUGUAAUAUUCUGUGUGAAGAAGAGGAUAAUAAAGAAGAGCAGGUUUUGCAUGUUUUUUAAAUGGGAAAUCUGUUGGGCAGCUGGCGUUUCAAGGAGCCGAGUACCGUUGAGGAAUGCGACUCGACGUGGGGAUCGGACUCGGAGAGCGACGAGCCGGCGGCUGAAGAUGACAGCGGUAUCUCCGACUCCGUCAGCGCGGCGGAGAGCGACCGGGCCGCCGGAGACCCUGGAGACUCGUCCCCGCAGCUGACUGACUCCCCAGAGUCUGUUCCAAAGAUGAAGAGGAGUUUCUAUGCUGCAAGGGACCUCUACAAAUACCGUCACAGCUACCCGAACUACAAAAGGCCGCGGCAACCCAACGAGUACCGUAACCUACGCUUCUAUCUGAACAAGAUCCCUCUGGUACCUGAUGGUAUCUAUAUAGAGGAAAUUCUGUCUAAGUGGCGAGGCGACUACGACAAACUGGAGCACAAUCACACCUACAUUCAGUGGCUGUUCCCAUUAAGAGAACAAGGGCUCAACUUCUACGCACAUGAACUGACUCAGGACGAGAUCAAAGAAUUCCAAAGCACUCGUGAAGCUAAGAGGAGAUUCCUGGCGGCCUACUCCCUGAUGUUGGACUUCUACGGCAUCAAACUGCUGGAUAAGAGCGGAAAUGUUGCUCGUGCUUCUAACUGGCAGGAGCGCUUCCAGCACCUUAAUGAGUCCCAGCACAACUACCUGCGGAUCACUCGCAUCCUGAAGUCUCUGGGUGAACUGGGUUAUGAGGCAUUCAAGGCCCCACUGGUUCGCCUCUUCCUGGAGGAGUCGCUGUGCCACAACACCCUUCCAAACAUGCAGCACAGCGUCCUGGAGUACUACGUCUACACCAUCCGCCUCCCGGCCACCCGCAGACGCCUGCUUCGCUACGCUCGCCAGCACUACAGGCCCGCCCACGCCUUCCUCUGGGGUCCACCACCUAAAAGGCGAGGUGGAGGCGGCGGCACCGGAGGUAGUGUGGGUGCUGGGAGCAGUGGGAUCAGAGCACCUGCUCCAACACCAGAGCAACAGAGGAGAGAGGAGGACAGCACCACCUCUACAAGAAAUGCGAUUAUUGUGUCUUCCCAUGAUGCCAUGAUGUGCCAGGAUUUGGCUGGAGGAGGACUGAAGGGCUGCACAGUACUCGGGUCUAAUAUGGCUGGACUGGAGGGGGCGUUGAUGUUGGUGGGAACUAGAGGAGGGAGGAGCGAGUACAAUGAAGUUGUUCCUUUGUAGGGAAUAGCAAUAAGGUUGGAUUGUUAUCAGGUUUUACAGCAGAAAAAACUAAAAAAAAACUUUUUAAAAUUAAACCAAUUCAAUUGUAACAAAUGAAGAAGAACUUUACUCUUAGCAGACCCCAUAGGACUCUGAAACCCAGGGUCAGGACAAUAAAACUCAUUAAUAGUUAUAGCUUGGAAUCUGAUAAACGUGUUAUUAGAAUCAAUUCAGGUUAAGGGCUUAACAUAAACUAUGAUAGUAUUCAUUGCAGAUUAUUCAGUUUUACUGUAUUAGGGAUAAUGAUGUGGGACUGGGGUGUUUGGGGGGGCUGGGAGGUCAUAUACUGAGCCAAGCUAAACAAUCUCCCCUUGGACCAAAUCCCAAAACCAUCUGAACUAGGAGAGACCCAAGAAAGAAAGAAAGAAAGAAAGAAAGACAGAAGACUGCCUUAUUUAAUGUUGGAUCUGUGGCAGGUAUGAA